UGCGUGUGCGCGUGUGUGUGGAGAGAUAGAUAGAGAGAGAUUGAGAGAGAGAGAGUACGGGACAGGAGCGCACCGGUCGGACUUGGAAGUUGCGAGCAUGGAGAUCCGUCCGGACCGCUUCAAGGCUCAGGCUGGGAAAACCUUGGGGAAAAUACACAGACUCCUUGAGAAACGACAGGAAAAUGGCGAGACGAUUGAAUUAUCGGCAGAGGGUCGUCCUGAGCUGGUGGAGGAGAAGGAGCUUCCCGUUGUGGACUGCACGUGUUUCGGGAUGCCGCGGCGUUAUAUCAUUGCAAUUCUGUCAGGAUUGGGCUUCUGCAUCUCAUUCGGCAUCCGCUGUAACCUGGGCGUGGCCAUAGUCAGCAUGGUCAAUGAUCACACCGUUUUUUACGGGAAAAAACCCGUAAUAGUGGCUGCUCAGUUUACGUGGGACCCAGAGACAGUAGGCAUGAUUCACGGCUCGUUCUUCUGGGGUUACAUCGUUACGCAAAUCCCUGGUGGAUUCAUCUGUCAAAAAUUCGCUGCCAAUAGGGUGUUUGGCUUUGCCAUUGUGGCCACAUCGACCCUGAAUAUGUUGAUUCCAGCAGCAGCAAGAGUUCACUAUGGGUGUGUUAUCAUGGUCAGGAUUUGCCAAGGACUUGUGGAGGGUGUGUCAUAUCCUGCCUGCCAUGGGAUCUGGGCCAAAUGGGCUCCGCCCCUCGAAAGAAGUCGAUUGGCUACAACAGCAUUUUGCGGAUCAUAUGCUGGUGCUGUUGUUGCAAUGCCUUUGGCUGGAGUCUUGGUCCAGUACACUGGCUGGUCUUCAGUGUUUUAUGUGUACGGUAGUGUAGGAAUAUUCUGGUAUCUCUUUUGGAUUUUGGUGUCCUAUGAGAGUCCAGCCGCUCACCCGACCAUCACACCAGAAGAGAGGAAAUACAUUGAGGAUGCCAUCGGGGAAACUGCUGGCCUGGUCAACCCCCUUCAGAAAUUUAAAACUCCCUGGCGGCACUUUUUUACCUCUAUGCCAGUGUAUGCGAUCAUCGUGGCCAACUUCUGUAGGAGCUGGACGUUUUACCUCCUCCUCAUCAGUCAGCCUGCGUACUUUGAGGAGGUGUUCGGCUUCGAAAUAAGCAAGGUGGGGAUAGUGUCUGCACUUCCUCAUUUAGUGAUGACCAUCAUAGUACCAAUUGGAGGGCAACUGGCCGACUACCUGAGAUCACACAAUUUAAUGACUACAACAAAUGUCCGCAAACUCAUGAACUGUGGAGGGUUUGGAAUGGAAGCCACAUUACUCUUAGUUGUUGGUUUCUCACAUACCAAAGCAAUAGCCAUCUCUUUCCUUGUGCUGGCUGUUGGCUUCAGUGGAUUUGCAAUUUCAGGGUUUAAUGUGAAUCAUCUUGACAUAGCUCCACGUUACGCUAGUAUCCUGAUGGGAAUCUCCAACGGAGUGGGCACUUUGUCAGGAAUGGUGUGUCCUAUUAUAGUUGGAGCGAUGACCAAACAUAAGACACGUGAGGAGUGGCAAUAUGUCUUUCUCAUUGCAUCCCUGGUGCAUUAUGGGGGUGUGGUUUUUUAUGGGAUCUUUGCAUCAGGUGAGAAGCAGUCAUGGGCAGACGCCGAGGAUACAAGUGAAGAGAAGUGUGGCAUUCUGGGAGAGGACGAACUGGCCAAUGAAACAGAAGAGUUGUACAGGACGGGUGGACAGUAUGGAGCUAUUAACAACCCACAUACUGGUGGUACCAAUGGUGGCAAAACUGGAAGCGGAGCAGGAUGGGUAACAGAUUGGGAUAAAAAAGAAGAAUACGUUCAACCAGCCGGGACAAAUAGUUAUCUGUAUGGAGGAGAGGGAAAAAGAGAGCUCAUGUAGUGGAUAAAAGAGAUUUUAAGUGUAGAUAAUUGGACUAAAUUGUGGAAGACGAGUAUAAAAAUCGAUGCAAAAUAAAUAAAUACACACUGAUACCAAGUGAUAGAGUAAGUUUAAGUGAGUGAGUGAGUUAGUUGAUGUGUGUGUGGCGUGCGUGCGUGCGUGUGCGUACCUGGUAAUUAUCAUGUUGUUGGGACCAAUUGUCCCCACAAAGAUAGGAAUACAAGUAUUUUUGUGACCUUGUGGGAACAUUUUGGGGUCCCCAUGAGGAAACAAGCUUAUAAAUCAAACAGAAUGAUGUUUAUUGAAAAUCUAAGGUACAAGAAAGUUUUCUAGGUUCACUUAGUUCCUGUAAGAACCCUAAAGAGUGACAAAUGUUUUCUCCGUGACCCCACCAAAAGAGAAAACGUUUUGUGGCUUUUUAAAAGUAUUUUUAUGUUCCAUGGGUGCAAAAAAUUGAGGUAGCAAGUGUGUACAAAAAUGUACAAAAGCGGUCACUGGAAUGGUACCCUUUAAAAGAUCCUAAUAUGUAUAAUAAGGUACAGAUAUGUAGCUGUGGUAUACCAGUAUGUAUCUACUAAAAUGUACCUUGGGGGAUUAAUAUGCACUCUUUAAAAAGUUAUAUUUUUUAAUGGGUACCGCCCCUGUGCCAGUUUUGGACUUUUGUCUAAGAGUAUACAGAGGGUUCUUCAGUUUGUCAUCUGAGGGACAUCAAUCAAUGCCUCCAGAAUCAUUUUGAUUUUUACAGUGAGUGGUGCUCUAUAAAUUAAACAGUAAGUUCAGUAUUUUAGGUGUUCUGCCAAGGUCACUGUAAUGCACUUAAAGUGGCAAAUCGAUAUAAAGGGUAGACAUGUUCAAGGAUGUUGUGUAAAAGCAUAUACUGUGUACGUGAUGAGUGUAUGUAUGAGUAUUAUUCUUUACUGUGCUCACUUCCUAUUGUUUUAUCCAGUGCUUUAAAUAUUAAAUGGUGCAAGCCAACCUAUGGAUGUGAAUAUGUGUAUUUGGCCAUAAAGUAGGUUUUUAAAUGCGAGUGUAUGUGAGAUUAAAUGACCUACUUCCUCAUCACUGGGUCAAUGCACAAUGCACAUUUUUGUUCUCUGGUGUACAUUGUUACGCACAUUAAUUGCACACACUAAUGUGAGGUAAACACAUGCACACACAUGUUCAGAUAUAUAGUGAGAGAUUAUUCAGUCAGAGUGCAAUAUGAAUUGAAGGAACCAAUCAGAGAACAGCAUUACGAAUAGUAAUAGGAUGAUGGUAUAUUUAUGGCUUUCUGCCUAUAAUUGAUGUUAUUCUGCUUAAUUUGCUGUAUUUGUGUUUUUUGUUCAUGCUUCUCUCCUUAAUAUUUAUUUUUUCUUAUUUGUCAGAACUGUGACAAUAUAUAAACAACAAAAAGAUCAAUACAACUCUUAGAACUAAUGAAAUAAUUUACAAAAUGUGUACAGAUGUAUAUGUGAAAAUUCCUUGUGUACAAUAAAAACUAAAACUAUACAAACUCACUGUGUCUUAUUCUGUCCUUUACAUUAUAAAAACAAGCACAAGGCUGGGCAUUGAUGAUACUUGACGUGUUUAGGGCUUUAUGAUUCUGUAUAAGCCACAUUUCAUUGUUUCUGCAUCACUCUGAUUACUUUCCCUCGUGAGCUCUCUGCUUAUACCUUUUAUAUCCCUCUCAUGCAGCCUUCUCUCCGCCCACAGAGGGCAUCUGCUGUCCUCUAAUCUUCGUCUAAAAUCACUAAAAUAAUCCCACUGUCCAUCUGUCAUUCAGAAAGAGACAGAGAGCGUUCUUUGCCUGCGAAUGCUAUGUAGUUUUCAGUGACACCUAGUGGUGCAAAUGAGUAAUGUCUGGCUGAAAUAAAAGCUUAUUGUUUUUUGCAA